ACUGCGCAAGCGCAAUGCCACUUACCCAAUAUGGAAGCAGUGGGUCUCCUGUGUGUGGCGGCGGCGGUCUUGGCGUGGGGCUUCUUCUGGGUUUGGGACGCCUCAGAGCGAUUGAAGAGUCGGGAGCAGGCAGGCCUGCUGGGAGCCGGAAGCCGGACCCUCCUGGUCAUCGCACACCCUGACGACGAAGCCAUGUUCUUUGCUCCCACAGUGCUAGGCUUGGCUCGUCUAAGGCACAGGGUGUCUCUGCUCUGCUUCUCUGCAGGAGAUUACUACAAUCAGGGAGAAACUCGUAAGAAAGAACUUUUGCAGAGCUGUGAUGUUUUGGGGAUUCCACCCUCCAGUGUAAUGAUUAUUGACAACAGGGAUUUCCCAGAUGACCCAGGAGUGCAGUGGGACACAGGGCAUGUGGCCAGCAUACUCCUCCAGCACAUAGAAGCAAAUGGCAUCAACCUGGUGGUGACUUUUGAUGCAUGGGGAGUAAGUGGCCACAGCAAUCACGUUGCUCUGCAUGAGGCCAUGAGGGCCCUGUCCUCAGAAGGGAAGUUACCUGAAGGGUGUUCUGUGCUCACACUCCAAUCUGUGAAUGUGCUGCGCAAGUAUAUCUCCUUUUUGGACCUGCCUUUGUCUCUACUUCAUACCCAGGAUGUCCUCUUCGUGCUCACCAGCAAAGAAGUAGCACAGGCCAAGAGAGCCAUGUCCUGCCACCGCAGCCAGCUCCUCUGGUUCCGCCGUCUCUACAUUCUCUUCUCCCGGUACAUGAGAGUCAACUCACUGCGCUUCCUCUGAAGCCUUGAAGGGUUUUCAGAUCCAAGGAACAAAGUGAGGGAAACAGACCAGGCAGCACAGGAGACAUAGCCUGGGACUGGUUCAUUUGCCUGAGCCAAAGGAGAGCCCGGCUAGAGCAGCCUCUGCAGAAGCAGAGCCAUGUAGGCCAGGGGCUGUCCAAAUUUCAGUUUCUUCCUCUGGGAAAAAACCCAAAGAGCCAAAAACAAAUCAACCCAAGGAUAAUAAUAGCUACCGUGCUAGCUUCUCAAGUUCUUGUGAAAAACAGUUUGCAUAAUGUCAGUGUCUGUGGAACACCUAGCACAGAACCUAGGCAGGUCCCUAGUAUCAUAAAUGAAUGUACAAGUGCUUUAAAGACACUCCA